AUGCGCCUCGCGGGCGGCGCCGGGUCCCCGCGGGCUGGGGGCUCCCCCCCCGGCAACGGCAGCCGGUGGCGGGCGGCGGAGGGCGGCGGAGGGAGCAGCAGCGGCGGCAGCGGCAGCAGCCCGAGCCCCGAGGAGGCUUGGUCGGGGUCCCCCAACGGCAGCCUGGGCGGCUGGGACCCGUUCGGGCGCGACGAGGAGCUGGCCAAGCUGGAGAUCGCCGUGCUGGCCGUCACCUUCGCCGUGGCGGUGGUGGGCAACGGCAGCGUGCUGCUGGCGCUGCGCCGCACGCCGCGCAAGGCGUCCCGCAUGCACCUCUUCAUCCGGCACCUCAGCCUGGCCGACCUGGUGGUGGCCUUCUUCCAGGUGCUGCCGCAGCUCUGCUGGGAGGUCACGCACCGCUUCCACGGCCCCGACGGGCUCUGCCGGGUCGUCAAGCACCUGCAGGUCUUCGGCAUGUUCGCCUCGGCGUACAUGCUGGUGGCCAUGACCGCCGACCGCUACAUCGCCGUGUGCCACCCGCUGAAGACGCUGCAGCAGCCCACCAAGCGCUCCUACGGCAUGAUCGCGGCCGCCUGGGCGCUCAGCCUGCUGCUCAGCACCCCGCAGUACUUCAUCUUCUCCCUCAGCGAGGUGGAGCGCGGCUCGCGGGUCUACGACUGCUGGGCGCACUUCAUCAUGCCCUGGGGGCCCCGCGCCUAUGUCACCUGGAUCACGGGCGGCAUCUUCGUCGCGCCCGUCCUCAUCCUCGCCACCUGCUACGGCUUCAUCUGCUACCACAUCUGGCGCAACGCCCGCGGCAAGGCGCGGCCGGGGCAGGCGGCGGGCGGCGGGCGGCGGGCGGGCGGCGGCGGCGGAGGGGGGGGAGCCCCGGCCCCGCGGCGGGGGCUGCUGCUCGCCCCCUGUGUCAGCAGCGUCAGGAGCAUCUCCCGAGCCAAGAUCCGCACCGUCAAGAUGACCUUCGUCAUCGUCUCGGCGUACGUCGUCUGCUGGGCGCCCUUCUUCACCAUCCAGAUGUGGUCCGUCUGGGACCAGCGCUUCCCCUGGCUCGACUCUGAAAACACUGCUACUACAGUCACUGCUCUCUUGGCCAGCCUGAACAGUUGCUGUAACCCGUGGAUCUACAUGUUCUUCAGCGGGCAUCUCCUGCAAGACUGCAUACAGAGCUUCCCUUGCUGCCAAAAAGUGAAGCAAACGCUGAGUAAGGAAGAUUCGAACAGCAACAGCAGGCGACAGACUUCUUUUACCAACAACAGGAGCCCAACCCACAGCUUGAACACCUGGAGGGAGUCGCCCCACUCGAAGUCGACCAGCUUCAUCCCCAUUCCCACCUGAGAAGACACCGGGCAGGCCCCACAGCCCGGUGGCAGCGCUUGGGAAGGUUACGGCAGAGCACCUCAAGCUGGCCAAGGGCGCUGGUCGUGGCAGCAAGGAACAGCUGAGAUGGCGCCAAGACCAAAUGUUCUGCCUUGCUCAAUAAGCUAUUCUGCAGCCUGUAAAUUGUUGUAUGAAAGGUAUCUAGGACUUGGGCAACCCGCCAGGAAGGCAUGACAAUAAUAAAGCAAUUAUUUUUCUAAAUAGAAUGUAUUAUUCAUAUUUUUUUGUUUCUAGAAUAAGUGCAUUGUUUCCUUGCUCAAAGCAGUAAAAAUAGCAGAGUUAACAUACUUUGGGAUAACCCCGCUCUCUAGCAUUAAUGCCUAUAACUUCUUACACAGAGAAAGAAGAUGAUAGAAGUAAGAUCACACUUUAGUCUUAAACACAAACAGGAAGGAGUUGGAAGAAAGUCCUGACUGACCAGGUAAGGAACAUGGUUAGACAGGCUCUAAAUUAUUGGGAAUCGCAUUGACCAUACUGCUUUAUCCAUUAAAGCGAUUUCAAAAUGUUAGCAAUUCUUGUUUAAUGACAAAAUAUAACAGCCCUUGUGAAGGAAAAUCCGUAACUGCUGUCAGUGUCUGCAUGUGGAUUGUGGAGUUUGAUUUUUAGGGUGACAUUUCUUCUUCCCUUCAUGUUGGUGGAAGUUAUAUGGCAUUUUUGUUUGUAUUGUUGCACCUACCUUUAAUUUUUUUAACUAUUAAAAAUAUUUUGAUAAAUUAGUAUGGUAAGCUAUGACUAGCUCAGCACUGUUACAGACACACCAAGAAAACUCAUCUUGACUACCAGGAAUGCUUGCUUUGUGAGAAAGAAUCAUAUCUUUUGUUUGUUCACAAAGACAGCUAGAAUUGAGCCACAUUUGUUCUUUAAGCAAAAUAGCUCCGUAAAUUUGGGGGGAUGUUGCUCUUUGGUAAUGGCUGCAGAAUCAGUACAUUCCAAGACACAGAUUUGGGAAUCAAGCUUGCAAAUCUUCUGGAAAUAUGUAAAAAUUGUCAAUGUUAUUUAUUUAUUUGUGGCAGGUCAUGACAAUGUAGGCUGUGAAAACAGCGGUAAACUGCAAUAAAGUCACCACAUCACAUUUACAAUCAAGCAUUCAAAGUGUGCUUGUCUUCAGUACAAUGCAUGCCAAACCAAA